AUGAACCACGAAAUACCAGAUCUUCCUUGGAAUAAAGUAGGUACAGACAUUUUUGAAAUUCAGGGUCAAAAAUACCUGUUACUAAUUGAUUACUAUUCAAAAUUUGUCGAUGCUGUUAAUUUAGAUAAAAAUACAACAAACAAUGGAUCAGUAUUAUACAGAAGCAGAAAAUUUCUAAAAAUUGGUAAACAAAAUGAACAUCCAUCAUCUGGAAAUACUGCUCCAUCCACAAAACUUUACACCAGUAGAGAAAAUGAACUUAUUAGGUACUAUAUAGAAAUAGAAAAUUGUAAUAAUGAGAAAAAUCAGGAAAAUGAUAGUGUUAGCGAUGAAAAUUCUGUAAAUAGUAAUGUUAGUGAAGAACAUUUGGAAGAUAGUGAUGGAAGUGAGAGGGAAGAUAGUGAUGGAAGUGAGAAGGAAGGUAGUGAUGGAAGUGAGAGGGAAAAGAUAGAAAGUCUCAGUAAAGAAAGUAAUGUCCAAAGCAAUUUAGAACAAAUUAUAGUUGUAGAAACGGAAGCUGGAAAUUCCACUGCAUGUGUUAAAAAUAAAAAUUUAGACAAUACAUUUAAUCAAGCAGAAGGAAAUUCCAGCUCACGAAAUAGAGAGAACGGAGAUUCAGAUUCCGAAUCAAAAUUUGUGAAUAAAAGUAAAAAGCUACAAAAACUCCUCUCGACCGAACCAUCUAAGUUAAAACUAGAUGCCGCAUCUUACCAUGAGACUCCUAACCUAGCUCUAAUCCCUAAGCCCAUUAAAGCAAAUUCUACUAAAUCUAAUAGUGCCAACCCUGCAACUUCUGCAACAACGACGGCUAACGCUAUCGAAGUUAGCAUCAGCAGAAAGCUACAGCCCCUCCCAGAAGAUAGUUCUGCUAAAGAACCUACUCCUGAAGUUGACUUGAUUUCAAUUCUCAAAAUUUCCGAGAGAUUAGAACUCAACUUAGGCAUCCCCUUUACCAUUGUUGUUCAGCCAGACACCCGAUACAAUUUGCAGUACCUUACGCAAUGCAUUGAAUCUUAUGAUAUAGUAGGUUUCACCCUACCAAUGCCUAACAUUCAUACCUCCCUAACAAGCAACAACAGCAACUAUAGACCCGGACUAAUUCCCUUCAAUUAUAUUCAAUAUGUAGAAGGCUUUAUUGGCGAAAGAACUGAAAUUUGCGAAAUUGCAUCUUAUGACGAAUACGACCAACCCAUUGGUUUCGCUUUCCGAGACGUGUCUCGCGUCAUUAUUCCAAUUUUUGCUCUCAGUAACUCAAGUUCCUCUUCCACACAGACCUACGGACUAAACCCCACUCCGAACUGUAAUCAUGACUUAACGUCAUGGACUUACACAGCCUGGUGUAAGAAUUCUCACCCUUCCAUCGAGAAAAAGUCCACAUAUUUAUGGUCUUCCUAUCGCGUAGUAGACCGUUCUACACGGCCUAAUUACUCUGUAUCCUUUUACGGAUCAUUAAGACCGCUUUACGGUUUAAGUGUUCCACAUUACAGAACAGGGCACCCCUCUAUCAUUACCCCACAGUAA